AUGUCCGGACCGUCGAAGUUGGACGAGCCGUCCAAGCUUCUUUCGAAUGUCGACGUCUUCAUCUUCGACUGCGAUGGAGUGAUUUGGCGAGGCGACUCUCUCAUCGAUGGAGUCCCAUCCGUUUUGGACCAGCUCCGCCUCGCCGGUAAGAAAAUCUUUUUCGUGACGAACAAUUCAACCAAGAGUCGCGUGGGUUACAAGUCGAAGUUCACUUCCCUUGGUCUGGAUGUGCAGCCCGAGGAGAUUUUCUCCUCAUCCUUUGCCGCUGCGGCGUAUCUAGAACAGACCAAGUUCAAAGACACAGGCAAGAAGGUCUACAUCAUCGGAGAGAAGGGCAUCAGCGAAGAGUUGGAUGCAAUUGGGGUUUCCUGGCUGGGUGGUGAAACAGACAAGGAGAAAAAGGCUGACAUGGGUCCCGGCGGCAGGGUGGAGAUUGACCACGACGUAGGCGCAGUGGUGGUUGGCUUCGACCGGUACAUCAACUACUACAAGUUGCAGUACGCGCAGUUGUGCUUGAAUGAGCUGCCGGGCUGCGAGUUCAUCGCCACCAACUUGGACCGUGUUACUCACCUCACCGACGCACAGGAGUGGGCUGGAAACGGGACGAUGGUUGGAGCAGUCUCUGGCUGCACCGGCCGCGAGCCCACUCUCGUUGGCAAACCUGCCCCACUGAUGAUUGAUUACAUCGCGGAGAAGUACGGCAUCACGGAUCGCUCCCGCAUUUGCAUGGUCGGCGACAGGCUGGACACAGACAUCGCCUUCGGUCGCAACAACGGUCUCAAGACUUGCCUGACGCUUUCUGGCGUAACCUCCGAGGACGAGUUGAUGGAGCGUGCGCCGCGCAAGAAGGGCACGGAAGGGAUUCAGCCGGAGUUCUACGUGGAGACCAUCAACGAUUUCAUUUCAGUCGAGUGCAUUCGCCGCUUUGGUUUCUCAGGGAACGGGCCCGGGAGCCGGGGAGGGCAGCCGCGGCGAGGCAGCGACCCGAUGCCGCCAAAGAAGCCUCAGGCUGCCGAGCCUGUGGAGGAGGAGGUCAAGGAAGAGCCUCCUCUGGAGAUCUUACAGGGAGACUUCGUGUUUCCAGAUGGCUCAACAUACUCAGGGCAAUACCUGAAGAAAGGUGAGUCAAUAUGUAUGCACGGCGAUGGCCAUUUGCAAAGUGGUCCGCAAACUUUCGAGGGCUCGUUCGACAAUGGCAUGUACAAGAUGGGCCGCUACAGCAGCUGCAGCGGUGCUGUGUACACGGGCCAUUUUCGGAAGAACCAAUUCCAUGGGGUUGGCGACUACAAGUGGCCCGAUGGUCGAGAGUAUCGCGGCACGUGGAAAGAUGGGUUCAUGCAUGGUUAUGGCAUGUACCUGUACUUCUCUGUCGGAGCGGACAAGCGCUUCAUGGGCUUCUCGAUGAAUGGCAAGUUCGCAUCGGGAGCUGCUGAGCAAGAGGAGGCUACAAUGAAGGCUUUCUUGCAGGAAUAUGGCGCUCAAUGCGUCCAGAGCGCAACAGCAGCUUUUCGAGAAAUGGCAGAGAAGACAGCUGCUGAUGGCGUGCCAGCAGACUUCUUGAUUGCCAAGGACGCCGAUGGCAAAGCCGAGAAGGUCUUGGAGGACAUGGUGGCUGCGCCAUAUCCAGACGCAUCCGCGGCAACGCAGGCUUCACUGCAAGCCUUCGCAGCACGGUUGUCUUCAGAAGAACAGCCCUUGCAGGUCUCUGUGUACACCGGCCUGACUAACAAGAAGUUGGUCUUGCCGCUGAGCGAGGAGUCGACGUUUUCUUGUCUGGGAACAGAAGACGUGCACAUGGAUGGCGCCAGACUAAAGCACACCCAGCUGCAAGUGGCCGGCCAAGCCGUGGAGUUCUUCUCCGAGGCGGAAACCGCUGGAGCUCUACGGGCCGUGGUGCUUCUGAACACGGCGUCCGAGUUCGAGUGGGAAGCAGCCAAAUGGAAACUUGUACACUGUGAGAGCGCAUGA